AUGCCGGUGAACAAUCUGUCGAUAGCCAUCAUGUCACGCGAAGGGAUUGGGCAGUCGGCAAUCAAUCGAUACUUAGAAGGGAAGUGGCAAAUGCAUAUCGAUAACAAUUGUGCUGAACGAUGGGCGGACUACCACGUACACCGCAGGCUGUUGCUCAACCAAUAGGCUGUCNCUUGUCGAUAUCCUAUGGUGUGGAUCAACGUAGCAGCUCACACGGUGAUCAACAGCUAUCACCGGAGAAAACAGGGUGCGGCGAAACAUCUCGGUCGGUUGUUGUGCGUUCAAUAGGGUCUUAUGGCUGGUCAUCAACACCCAUCGUAGGAAACCAAUCGCUUGGCAAAGAAACGGUCGACGCUGAUCGCACCCCUCGAUGCUCAUUCUAAUUGACAUGUCGAUCCCCAUCAGUCGACAACGAUCCCCAUCAGUCGAGAACAAAAAGAUCCCAUCACCCAUCACCUGGAUUCCUGUCAUCGUUCAAGUGUUUAGGCUCAUCGCAUUAAUACACGUGAUCACAGAUGCGCCCCCGGCAUUGUAGGCGGGUGUGGGCUUUUUGCUUCUCGGCUGGUCGGCGCUACCCUAUCUUCCCUUACUCCAUGUGAUAUCUGUUUUUUUUUCUACUUUAUAUUUUCCCGUGUACUCUAGUUUUUGAUGUACUGCUGUAGCGCC